AUGAAAGUGGCUCAUAGGACUAUUGCUUUGCUUUUCGUCCCUAGAGAAGAAAGAAGCACCAUCAGCGCUCUUGAGCUCAUAAUACUAUAUGCUAUGGCCCACCCGGAUGAUAAUCUCAUUCCUCACUAUGGCUCAUUCCUUUGCAACAAGCUCACCCACCUCAGCACAUCACAGUCCGGAAAAAUCUAUUGUGGCGUACUCAAGAGCAUGAGGAUGUUUCAGAUAGAGGACGGGAACAAUAAUUGGGCUGUGGGCCAAAACCACGACCCAAGGCUCCUCAUCACUCCCGAAAACUGGAACAUCCUUGCCCUCAGACAUCCUACUAACUUCACCAACUGGAAAAUCACGCCUGAUAUUUUCCCCGUUUACUUUUUCGGUGAGGAAGAUGAGGAAGGUGAAGAAAGUGACGAGGCUGAUGAGGGUGGCGGGGCAGCACCACAAAAUUCUCCUCCCAUGGGUGGGGCCAGCUCAUCCCAUCAUGCUGGGCACCCAUCAUAUCACCAACAAUAUAUUGAUCUAUUCCAGUCGAUCCAUACCCGCCUCGACACUUACCAUCAAGAUAUCGCGAACCUAACCCAAAGUUUUUCCUCCUUCACCACUCAUUACACUGAGGAUCAAGAGCGUCAGUGUAAGCAUGAGGAGGACUUUUGGACUUGGACCCAAAAUUUCGACUAUAAUCCUCCUCCUCCUCCACAAUAG